CUAUUAGAGGAUCACUAUCAGAGGGCACUAUUGUCUAGUUUUGACAAAUUUCAAGAGACUUAGCACACACAAGAUAUAGGAUCUAACAAACAAUGGGAUAUUUUGUUUCAUAUUCUAAAAUAAUUAAAUUUUAAUUUCACUGAUAUUUUUUCAUGUCUCUCGAUUUCUUCUUAAUUGUUCGAUAAAAAACUCUUAUUUUAUAAAACUGCAAAAUGGAUAUCAGUAGUUUAUUUUUUCAUAUAAGUCAAUGAAUUGUCCGAAUGUUUCGCUACAACUAAACUACGAAGACUGGCACUGGAAAGUGAAGCAUUAAUCAUUAAUUUUUCAUUCUCUACAUAUAGAUCCAUUCAUCCACUUGAUACAAAUUGCUACGUCUUUGGACAUUGUUAAUAUGUCGUUACAACAGUGUGUUAAGUUGCUCUUGCAAUUUUCUUUUUUAUUAAGAAAAGAAAGAAAUACGAGGAUAGAAAAAGCUUUUGUAUUAUUGCAAAAAUAUCUUUCCAUUUUCCAUAUAAAUUAAUCAAAUCCAUAUAUCUUUGUGGAAGACUGUAAUCAUGCGAAUCAAUUGUUUGAAAAUAUAAAAAUUAUUUAUUGCUGUAGAAAAUAUGCACGUUUACAUUUAUGCUAUCUAACCAUGACAGUUUCUUCAUGGAUAUGAACACUUAUGGGUAAAGGUUUCCUGAAGAUUGGCUAAACAGACGAAUAGAAUCGUACAAACAUUUUUUUUAACCAUUUCUGUGAUAAAGUAUUAUUAUUGUUUACAAGAUGGACAAGCAAACAAUAGAGAAUCAAUAUCUGAAAAUCAAUAAAUUUUUUGGCCAAUUAGUUGGUGUGUGGCCUUUUCAAGAAAGAUUUAUCAAGACUUGCAUGCGAUUUAUUGUAUCCGUCGUAAUGCUUCUUGACCUUGCAACGCAGAUAUCACGGGUAAUAAUGUUCUACAACUUCGAUGUUUUUUCGGAUCAAAUACCAUACUUGAACGCAGCAAUUAUUUGCUUAUUCAAGGAAUAUAACUAUGUUUUGAAUGAAAAUAAACUCAGAGAACUUCUAAAUGACAUCAUAUCCGAUCGGUUGAUAAAACGAUCGAAGAAGGAGUUGGAGAUUUUGGAAUUGUAUUCGAGAAAAGCAACAACGCUGUGCAUUCUUUACAAAGUUAUGGUAUAUACCUGCGCGUUCAUGUUCCUCGUCAUACCGACUAUACCACCUAUUCUGAACAUCAUCGCGCCUUUGAACGUAUCACGAAGCCGUGAAUUUAUCUAUCCAACCUAUUAUUUCGUAGACGAGCAGAAAUAUUAUUAUCCCAUAUUAAUGCAUAUGAUACUAGCGAUAUUGGUACUUUCUUCGGUAUAUCUGGCCUGCGAUACAAAUUUGGUACAAGUUGUGCAUCAUGGAUGCGCCUUGUUAGCUAUCAGUGGGUAUCAUUUCAAGCAUGCAGUGGAUGACGUAAAAAUUUGCGACGAAAAUUAUAUCACGCUAAUGGAUGAAACUUAUACGAGAGUCAGACAUUCCAUAAAAGCCCACAGAACGGCCGUUGAAUACGUGGAUAAAAUAGACGCCUGCCACAUAUAUUACUUCUUACUUACCAUAGGAAUGAUAGUAUUAACUUUCACUGGUACUUUCGUGAAGCUGUCGACCAUGGAAAUUGGGAUUAGAUUCUUCACGUUUUGUGCAUACACUGUUGCUCAACUGACUCAUCUUUUUUUCUUAACGAUUAUGGGACAAUUUCUUAUAAAUGCUAACGAAGAAAUUUUCAGAACAAUAUACGAAGCACAUUGGUACAACGGUUCAUCGAGAACGCAAUCAUUAUACGUACUGGUACUUCGAAAAUGCUUGACUUUUCCAAAACUGACAGGAGGAGGAUUGAUUACUUUGAAUUUAGAUAGUUUUGUACAGAUUUUAAAAGCAUCAUUUUCUUAUUACACUGUAUUUAGAUCUUAAUAAAUACAAUAAUAAUAACAUAAAAAGUAGAAAAAUUUCUAUAUAGAUUCGAUAUUUGUUGCUAUUUAUACAUAUAAAAUAGUAUAUUAGU